AUGUCUGCCGCGCAACAGCUGAUAGCACACUAUCUCAAAACCAACAAUCUCACACGCACUUUGGAGGCAUUCGAGCUGGAGCUCAAUAAGAAAUUUGACUGUUCAGUUGAGGAAUCAUUGGAGACCAUUCUGAAGGACAGACUUGCCUAUCUGUCGUUGGAAAAGCCGGAGUACAAGAGCACGAAGUCUCUAUGGACCGUUGAUGCGCCAAAAAGACACGAGAUUUUGGAAUUGGGCACUCUCAACUCCCUUGUGAUAUCGUCAUCCUUUGUAAAGUUAGAGAUUGGCACCACAAGUGUGUCCUUGGGACUAUUCGUGACCAAUAACAAGCAGGUUCACUUUUUCGAUCUAGAGAAGCGCAGAAACCUGCUAGUCAGAAACGACCUCCAUGAUUCAACAGCAACAAAGCUUGUGGCAGGAGCCGACGGAACUGACAUCCUAUUCUCUUGCGGCAUGGAUGGGAAAUUAAGGGUCUGGAGAGUCAGUUACGAUAAUGAGUUUCAGCUGAAGCUUUUGAGUGAAGAUCAAUUACAUAAAAGGCUCGUUCUCCAAAUGAAAUUCAGGCAAAUGGAUAGAAACUCAGGCUUUUUAGUCUCCACUGGAUGGGAUUCAAAACUGGUGGCCACUAAACUCAAUCUUCAGGAUGGAACCAUCGAAAAACUGAACGAGGUGAGUUUGCUUACCAGAGCAAGUUGCCUGCUGAUCACCGCGGACUCGAGCAAUUAUCCUGUGAUUCUUGUGGGACGCACAGAGACUUCAAUGGUUGGAGUGUACACCAUCCACGAUCGCAUUUUUGAGAUUGGACGCUUGGCACUGAACGACUCUGAGUUCUCGAGCCAUUCGUUUCAUCCCAUGGCAUUUGCAAUGACUGAGAGUGAUAAUGUGGUAGCAGCUACCAACCAUAUUCCCUAUAUGAGAUUGAUUACCUUCAAAGUUCCGACGAUUGCCGAUCUCAUAGGCGUUGAAGAGACAGAAGUGGCCGCAAAAAUCGCUGCGGCGAGCAGACUGGCCACAGACAGCGAGUCUUUCCAGACGAAUGUAACCAUCAGAAGAAACAUUAUCGUCUCCAAUUUUAAUUCAAUGUCUCCCCAAGACAAAUUUUCUGACCCCAUAGUGAUAACAAGACCCCACAAAGAUGGGAUAUGGAUAUUUGGAGACGACGGUAUUGUCAGAGGCUUUGACGUGGGAGCAGGGUCUGUGGUUGAGGAACUGAAGACACACGAGGGCCGGGUCAAAUCUGCCUUUGUGGCUGAGGUGGGCAACACAGAGACUAUCGUGAGCUGUGGUGCCGUAGAUAGGGUUGCAAGUGUUUGGCAAUAGUGCCUAUGAGAUUUACAGGCCGUUGCAAUUUUUUCUGCUCCUCAAAUCUCAAUAGAACAGAAAAUGAUCACGAGAUAUAAAUAUUUAUUGAUAAGGAGCAGAAAUGUAGAUCCUCAUGUUUCCGGGGAGGGUGUUUUCAGGCAUGGAGCUGGAGGUCAUACGGGACAUUUUUGAGAAAGAGGUGGUCGAUAAUGACGCCUUUCUUUCUCGGUCGGACAUUUUUUUACAGCCCUUACCUGAAGACCAGGGAGCAGUCGAUCCGAAUGACAUCACCAGUGAUGCAUGGAUCGAUAACGACCAACACACAGAUAUAACGCUAGUGAACAGCCCAAACAUGCCCCUGUUCAAUGUUCUAUUUGACACCGAUGACAUUGUAAAUGAGUCGCUGGAAGAAAUCGAUGGUUGCAACUCGUUUCGGAACUCUUCAGAGCUGGUACAUUCGCAAGUUUUGGAAGACUACAUGCCAACUCCUGAGAACUCGUAUUCAUAUACCUCCGAAAAGGCAGAAAUUACAGAUCUGAUGCUAGAGAUGCCAGAGAGCUCUGAAUCGCCCGACUCAAGAAGAAUGUCGUUUUUGGAUAAUGAUCAGCUGACUGGAUUGCAAUCAAAACGCAAAAGGUCUAUCCAGGCAAAUCCAGAAGGACAAGAAGGUGUAACCCUAGGCCGAAAGGUCAGAAAGAGCACACUUGUCGAAGAUUUUGUGAGCGUAUUCGAAAAAGGAGAGCCCGAGUACAGGGAAAUAAUCAACAUGCAUCUUAUCCCCUAUUGUUCACUGAAUGAACUGGACCCAGACUUGUUUGUGAGCCGUCUUCAAUACAAAAGAGAUCAUUCAUGGGCAUAUGAGAUAAAUAAGAAAUCAAAUAUCACUAGCAAUCGGCUGGUCCGGUUUGCCAAUCAUGAUAAUGUGAAUUUUUAUGAACCGCGAGUCUUCAGGUAUCUGCGCACGAAAAACACUUGCAAAAGACACAAGAGAGAAGGAUUGUGUUCAUUCUGCAAACCAACAAAACAAGACUUUCAGAAUGACUUCAAUAAUCUAUUUUUUGACCUGAACUCGUCUGGAUAUUUACACCAUCUGACGAAGCAGCACGGCGUUUUUAGCAACGGCUCAGAAAUGCCAUUACCAAAGCUGAUAGGGUUGCACCCGGAGCUGAAAAGCAACAAGAACUCAGCAAAAAUUGGCCAUGUGUACGUCGCCGUCUGUCCGAUAUGUAACGAAAAGGUCAAGGUGCAAGAUUUGAGUCCCGAGAGCAAGGUCUCGGGAAAUCGGUUUUUAGCAUACUUCAGGCACAUGCUAACGCACAAUGUUAAGAAAAACAGCGGCAAAGGACGAUAGAGCCCUAAAACACUAUUUCAUUAGGAAGGACAUUGUAUUUUCUUCCAUCGGCACGCACAGACUCUCGGUUUAUAUCCCGUUUCAAAGCCUUUCGCAUAUCAAAAGCAUCAAUCUCGUCGUCGAUCUUAUUUCUGUUCAUUUUACUUUCGUAGUCUCCAUAAUAGCCCACAACCCGACGGUAAACAGAGUAGCCCAGCUUCUCAUACAGCACAAUUGCCAGCUUAUUGUUGCAUCGCACAAAAAGAUCUAUGAAGUAAACUUCGUAUGGCUCGUUCUCUGUAAAUCGUUCUAGCGAAGAACAUAAUGUUGAGGCUAGUCCAAUCCGUCUAUAAUUUGGAUUCACGGUGACAGCACUGAUGUGUGCAUGCCAAUCUUUACCCUUACCCUCUGUUUUGGCCAGCAUGUAGCCCUGCACGUCGUUGGAUGGAGAAACUACCUUAUAGAAUAGCGAUGGCCAUUCUGACAGGUACUGGAGAUAGAAGUAUAAGUAGAAAUUUUCAGUGAG